AUGGCAAUUUAUGUCAAUGAGUCAAAUACUUUGGAAUGUCCCCAAACAAAAGGUAGACAUUUUUUGCAGGUAGACGAUGAUGUUUUACUUAAAGCUACAGAGGAUACUAAAACAGCUUUCCCUGAGGAGGAGUAUUUUGAUGUUCCAACUGAGCAGGUACAAUCGACUUUAGUUGCUCGUCAUGGUCCUCUAUUAGUAGUUAAAAAUGUUACACAGGAAGCCGUAGUCGAUGAAAUACCGGAGGAAUCAAUUUUAAUUCCUCGUGAUGGUCAAGUAUUGAAAAGCUUGUAUUACUUUUCAACUAGUAACUCCUACGCAGCUGCACCUCUUGUUAUAACUUUAAGAAGUAUUACCACCUUAUACAUGAUUAUUAUAAUAACCUUCUACUUGAUUUUAACAAAUUGGUUAAACAAUCGCUACGAAUUUAUGAUUAAAUACUUAAAGACAACGUUGAAGAGGAAACAACAUUUAUUGGUUAUCAGGAAAGUCAUAGUGGCUUACAAAAUAGCCGAGUCAGUAGUGGAAACAACUAAUCAUCUAUUUGGAAGCAUUUUGUUUAUUAAUUUGACUGUCAGUGUUUUGCACAUUCUGCAUUAUUUCGUCCUAGCUUUGGAUUUGUCCGAUAUACCCACAGCGCUAAAAACUGAUCAAUUAUACUGCACCGAUUAA